GAUAGCGCAGAUUGGAUCAUUGAUCUGCUCCCAGAUUGGCAACCAUACAUUUUCAUGGCCGAUGGAACUGUCAACGAUGCUCCGAUGCUGUCAAAUCAGCAUGCACACAAAAUUCCUUUGGCACUCAAUAGGGGACGAGAAGCAGCCUCCUACCUUAGUUUUAUCAUAACGCAUUACUAUGACCUGCCGGAGUAUAUGGUCUUCAUUCAUGGAGACCGGUAUCAAACGCACAAUGCUGAUAUCGCACAGAUGUAUGAUACCCUGCCAUUGAUCCAGAAGCUCGACCUCGACUACGUCGACCUGGAGGGCUACGUCAAUCUGCGGUGCAAUUGGAAACAUUGUCCCGAACCGUAUAUUGUGCCGCGACCCGGGCACGAAGACAGCAUCUGGGAAGCACAUGGAGAGUAUGUCAAAGCAUGGGAAUUCAUAUUUCCCAACAAAACACUUCCAGAAAAGGUGGCAGCGCCGUGCUGCGCCCAAUUUGCGGUUGAUCGGCGGACAAUUCAUCGAUGGCCGGUAGCGCAAUACGAACUCAUUCGAGCUUGGAUGUGGUCAAGAGAUGGAGAUAUUGCAAGCAUGAAGUCAGGGAUCAUCUUGGAGUACAUGUGGCAUAUCUUGUUUGGCAAGCCAGCAUAUUGGUGUGCACCUGUCAAGCCAUGCUACUGUGGGACGUGGAACAUGUGUGACUUAGACUGUGAUGAGACAAAGGGAUGGUGCAAGGGACGGAUCUGGACAUCCGAUCCACCACCUAGUCUGCCGGAUGGACUGACGUGGCCAAUGGAAGGCUGGGAAAAG